AUGAGUGAUGUGGAAAAUGAUAGCAAUGGAGAAAUGGAAGAACGAGAAGAUGAAGUGUAUGACGAUGAAGCUAAUGAACAAGCUAUUCUAAAGUUAAAGAAAAUCAUUGAAAGUUCACCGAAGGAUUAUGGCAGCCGUAUGACACUGAUUGAAAUCUUGCGUCGAAGUGGUGAGCUUGAAGCAGUUCGAGAACAACGGGAAUGCAUGUCAGCAUUAUACACGAUGCCUCCCAGUUUCUGGUUGAACUGGAUAGAAGAUGAAAAAUCGGCAGGAAGUGGUAAGGAUUUGAUUAAACGACUUUUCGAACGUGCAGUUAGGGAUUUUCAUAGUCCUGAAGUUUAUCUGGAAUAUGUUCAGUGGGCCUGCGGUAUAUCUCUCGAUUUUGCAAGAGAGAAAAUGGAAGAAGCGGUGAUAAAAAUAGGUUUACGAGCUGAUUGUGCUUCUUUGAUUUGGAAUAUUUAUUUGGAUUUCGAAAAAAUGAUUUUGAAUUCGAUGAAUAAUCAAGACGAUGACAAACAGAGGAAGCAUGUGGAAUCACUUUAUGGACGAUUGCUUAGUGUGCCUCAUCUAGGUCUACAAGAAUCGUGGAAUGAAUAUAAGGCAUUUGCGGAGGGUAAAGAGUCGGAUCAGUUUCAUGAAGCAUUUGAGACUGCAGCGAAGCGUGUGGCGGAUAUCAGUGAAUUUGAAGAACGUCUGGAAGAUACCACAGACGAGAAUGAAAAAUUGUCUGUUCUAACGGAAUAUAUAGCCUUCGAAAUGCAAACGAACGAUCCAGCAAGAAUUCAAAUGAUUUUUGAAAGGACACUUUGUACAGCUGCUAAUUCUCCAAUUUCUGAUCUCUGGUUACAGUAUGGUAAUUGGCUGGAUACUUCAUUGAAAUUGCCACAGGUUUCUGUAGACGUAUAUGCACGUUCUGUACGUCAUACACCAUGCUCAGCACUAUGGCAGCAAUAUUUUUCCGCACUCGAGCGAUCGAAUGCCUCUCCUGAAGAAAUUGAUGCCAAAUGGCCAGAUGCUCGAGAUACAAUAACUACACAAGACGAAGGAUUCUCUCUGUAUCGUACCUAUAUAUAUCUGCUUCGACGACGGGUUGUCAAGCAAGGUAGCGAUGAUUAUACAGCUGUGUUAGAGAAAUUUGAUGAAGGUGCAGCUUUUUUGGCCGAGAAAUUUGGAUCUAAUUGGGACAAUCCAAAAGCCCAUUAUCGUAGAAAUCAUGCCUUCUUUUUAUAUACGUCGGUAAAACAGCCUGAGAAAGCUCGAAAAAUCUGGAAUGAUAUUUUGGCAUCUGGAAAUGGUCACUUUGCAGCGGCCUGGAUAGAAGCUGCUAAUUUGGAACGUUUUUUUGGUGAUAUUAACAUAUCUCGCAAAUUGCUUUACAAAGCUAUCAAUUCAGCAAGCGAUCAUCCAUAUACGGUUUUUGAUGCUCUUAUUCAGUUUGAGAGGGAAGUUGGUACUAUCGAAGAACUAGACAAAGCGCUGGAAAAGGUGAAUGCGCAAGCAGUUAGGAUUUCAUUGAGGCCGCAAAAGAACAAAAUGGAAAAAAGUAAAAAGAGGAAGAAGGAAAAUGAUGAAGAUGUUGAAGUCAAAAAAAGAAAAGAAGAUAGAGCAGAGGAAAAAGGAAAGAAACUCAUAAUGAACAGGACUGAUUUUGUAAACGGCACAGCAGAUGUUGCUGCAAAAAAUCAACACGAGAGCGAGAUGACAAAUGUCGAUAAAAAACAAGUCGAUGAUGAUGGUUUCAUAGUUCCUCAACUUCCUUCACAAUUAUCGAAGUCAAAAACAGCAUCAAGUCAAGAUGUCGGUUUAGAAGGAACAAGCAAAGAAGCUUCUUCCGAAAAGUAUCACACCAUAUUUGUCUCUAAUCUCGAUUUCAAGUUGCCAACGGAAAGACUGGAGCAAAUAUUCCCGAAUGCGAAAGAAGUUCGAUUAGUCUACCGAGGGAUGAGCAAGUUGCACAAAGGAUUUGGCUAUGUAGACUUCGCAACUGAACUGGAAGUUCAAGAAGCUUUGAAAAUGGAUCGGACGAAACUUGACGGCAGACCAAUGUAUGUUUCAGAAUAUAAACCUCGUGAUAAAGGAAAGAAUGUGGAAUUUCGUUACAAUACCGGUCUAGAAAGAAAUAAAGUUUUUGUUAACAAUGUCCAUUAUGAUGCCACCGAGGAACAGCUUAAGGAAAUAUUUAAAACAUUUGGUCCAGUUCGAGAUAUUCGUAUUGUGACACAUAAAUCUGGUAAAUCGAAAGGUUGCGCGUAUAUAGAAUUUGAAAACGAUGACGACGCCGCAAUGGCAGUGAAAGCUAGCGAGGAACUUAUUCUUUUAGAACGAAAAUUGUCAGUUGCGAUCAGCAACCCACCAAAGCGAAAGGAGCAGCCGCAGCGGUCAUCGUUUAAUACAACCAAUUCUUCGCAUCAACGAAACAAAAUAGAUUUGAUACCGCGGACAUUGGCGAAAACCGCAAAACUUGCAAAAUCAACUGACAACAAUACUAGCAGUGGCAAUGACUCAGGUGUAUCAGUUAAAAGCAUGUCUAAUGAACAGUUCCGAUCUUUUUUCAAAUGA